CCCCGAAGUCGCACUUUACAUGCAUGGUUACUUCCGUGUCCCUCAGGCAGUCUGGCUACUUGAAGCUUCCGUGUUUCGAAGGCUAUCGUGGCCGGAGAGCUGUGGAGAUAUGCGGUCCAUCCCCGAAGAUUUAGCUGCACUCGUCUCAGAUUUGGAAACCUUUCUGGCAGACGUCCUGAAAGGUGAGAAUUUGAGUAAGAAGGCAAAAGAGAAAAAGGACGCUUUUAUCAAGAGGAUCAAGGAUAUCAAAGCCAGUUACCCUCAGGAUUUCAAGGAUAAACGAGAUGAAGAGUGGGAUGAUCUUGAUGAAGCAGACAGCAACAACGAUGGCGGAUCACUGCACUCAGAGCGAACGGAUAGAGAUGAAGACACGGCAUAUGAUGGAGUUCAGCAGGCACCUCCUGUGGCAGCUCAAGAUCUCCAAGCUGUCUUCAAGAGUGGCUACCUAGAGAAACGCAGAAAAGAUCACAGCUUUUUUGGCACGGAGUGGCAGAAGAGAUGGUGUGCUUUGAGCAACCGCACAUUCUAUUAUUAUGGCAGUGAGAAAGAUAAGCAGCAGAAGGGAGAUUUUAAUAUUGAUGGCUACACUGUCAAACUGAACAACACCCUUCGCAAGGACUCUAAGAAAGACUGCUGCUUUGAGAUAUCCGCUCCCGACAAACGUGUUUACCAGUUCUGUGCUGGCUCACAAAAAGAAGCAGAAGAGUGGGUGGAGCAGAUAGGCUUCGUCAUAAAAGAUAUGGAAGGCAUCAUUCCUUUGGAGGAAGAGGGAGAAACCUAUGAUGAUUGCUUAACUUUGAGUGCAGCAACCAUGCCUGAACCAAUUGAUGAGGACAUCUAUGAGGAACUUCCUGAGGACGAGAUACCUCUUCCAAAGAAACCAGUACUGCAGCCAGUCAGCAAACCCCCUGUAGCAGCACCAGUGACAGUGGUAAAUAAGAACACUGACUACAAGAACUACUUCCAAGGUUUGUGGGACUGCAGUGGAGACCAACCUGAUGAGCUAUCAUUCAAGAGAGGAGAUACCAUCUACAUCCUCAGCAAGGAGUACGAUACCUUUGGCUGGUGGGUGGGGGAGAUGAGAGGUGUGAUUGGCAUAGUGCCCAAAAACUACCUGACAGAGCUGUACAUUCUCUGAAGAGCUUGAACCUCUUCUCCCUCAGGGUCGCAGGUGGGGUGCUGGAGCCUUUCCCAGCAGUCAUUGGGUGGAAGGCAGGAUACACUCUGGACAGGUCACCAGAACAUCGCAGGGCAGAUGUGCAUCAUAUAUAUUUAUAUAUAUCUCCUCUCAAGUUAUUGCAUUUCAUGUUAAUUCCUUUUUGUUUCGUGGCAGUUUUACUGCUGACUGUAUCUAUAAUUACCAAAUCUCAACAGUACAGAUAAAACCCAUUUAUGUGAAAUGGAAGAAUUAAGACUCUCCAAGUUCAUUCAUUCAAAUAGGCUCUGCUGUAUUAAAAUGAUUUGAAGAGACUGUUUGCGUUCGUUUUUGUAUUUUAUAUUCAAACAGUAUUUUUCAAAGUUAAAUGUGGUGUUUAAGAAUUGUAUAAAAUCAAGUUUGAGAGAUGUGUUAAUUUUUGAGGGUUUUCAUGUUUGGCUCUGGCUAUGAAGUGUCUGUAUAAUGAAGAUUUUGUAUUUCAGCCACCAGGUGGCAGUAGAGAUUUAUUUUUAAGAAUUUCAGGCAGGCUCUUUGUUUUGAAUUCCAGAUAAAUGCCUUAAUUUAAUAAAUGUAAUAACACCAGCGAAAA